GAAUACACAUAAAGGUUGUAUAACGUGGUUUUGUCCACAUUAUCACGAUUUUAAUCAAAUAUUUGAGGUAAAAUACACACUGGUGCAGACUGCAGUCGACGUAGUGCGUAAAAUUAUUUUGUUUUGAAAAACCCCUACGGGAAGUCGGAAGGGAAAACAGUGUCAAUCCGCGGAAAUCAUCAACAGGACUAUUUUUGCUUGACUGAGAUAGCUAUCCAUCUGUCAGUCCCUAUUCUCGCCAUAUUUACAAUUACUCUCACAAAACGCCACACUGGCGAUGUCGGAGUCAUACGAUUUCCUGUUUAAAUUCCUGGUGAUCGGCAACGCCGGGACGGGCAAAUCAUGUUUGCUGCAUCAGUUUAUAGAGAAGAGAUUUAAGGAUGAAUCCAACCACACCAUUGGAGUGGAGUUCGGCUCAAAAAUCAUCAGCGUGGUCAACAAAAUUGUCAAAUUGCAGAUUUGGGACACUGCUGGACAAGAAAGGUUCAGGUCUGUGACCAGAAGUUACUACAGAGGAGCAGCAGGAGCACUGCUAGUCUAUGACAUCACUAGUCGUGAGACCUACAACGCUCUUACCACGUGGCUCAGUGAUGCACGCAUGCUGGCCAGUCAGAACAUCGUCAUCAUCCUGUGUGGAAACAAGAAGGAUUUGGAUGCUGACAGGGAGGUGACCUUCCUGGAAGCUUCGCGCUUCGCUCAAGAGAAUGAGCUGAUGUUCCUGGAGACCAGCGCCCUGACAGGCGAGAAUGUUGAAGAAGCUUUUGUCCAAUGCGCUCGGAAAAUUCUCAACAAGAUCGAAUCAGGGGAGUUGGAUCCAGAGAGGAUGGGGUCAGGGAUCCAGUACGGCGAUGCUGCUUUGCGCCAGCUUCGUUCCCCUCGUCGCGCUCAGCCACAAGGCGCCCAGGAGUGUGGCUGCUAGUAGGCACACAGAAGGCAACAUGGGACCUAAAACGUUUCUGGUGACUUCUCUUCACAUGGAACCUUUGUUGCCAUGGCUGCAGAUGUAGGGAACCCAAGUAGCCGUCCCAGAAAGCCAUGCCAUCGAGGUAAAAGGACUGGCAUCUUAUGUAACCCUGCCACCUUUUUUUGCCGACUCACCUGUAGUUACUCCAUCGCCAAGAAGACCUUUCUUUGCUGUUUACGUCCCAUCCUCUCUUUUCUUCUACAUCAUCUUCUACACUGUACAUUGCUUGAUGCACGUUUACCGCAGCGCACUAUCAGAGUAUUUCAGUAGGAAGAGAUAUGUGCUUCAUCGUCUCAUGUAUUAUCAUUACAAUCAUAUCCGGCAUCGGUGUAUACGUACAAGCAGUAAUGUUGGCUGCCUCUUGUAUAUAUUGUAAAUAGGACACGCCAGAUGUAGAUGAACUGACUGAUGUAAGAAAAAUAAUACUUAUCUAACUGGGAGUGUAAAUUCAACAUAUAGCAUAGACACUUUAGCAUGUUUAACAAUGAUGUCUGCCACCUGUCAGUGUUGCUUGUUUACAUUACUCCUGUGGUCAAAGAAAAAAAAGCAUUUUAACUGUCUGUUCUGAAACUGUGCUUGGGUUCAUUAGUUUUUUGGUUUUUUUUAAACAUUCAGCAACUAAAAUCCUAAAUUUGAUGAGCAAAGGCGAUUUUAACACUCUCCCUAUUUUUUUUCCAAUUCAAUAUUUGCCUGCUCAAUAACAUAUUGUUGUCUUUUGUGUUCAUGUCCUAAAGUUAUACUUUUAUUUAUGUGUCACUUUUUCUCUCAUUAUGAAUAUCAUGACUUUUUAAUUUAUUGUGUAUGAUAA